AGAAUUGAGAAGAAAAAAAAGAGAGGGAAGUGAGGGGAAAGAAUGGAAAAAACCCAGAGUAUCCCAACGAUUGAUUUCUCAGAUUUUCCAGGACAAUACGAGAAACUAAGGAAAGCUUCCGAAGAGUGGGGCUGUUUCAGGGUGGUGAAUCACAAGAUCCCAUUGGAAUUGAUGCAGGAAAUGAAGAAAAUCGUGAGAUCGUUGCUUGACCUCCCCAUCGAAAUCAAGAAAAACAACACGGAUGUCAUCGCCGGCAGUGGUUAUUGGGCUCCAAGCACUAAAAACCCUCUUUAUGAAGCUCUGGGUCUCUAUGAUAUGGCCUCCUCCCAAGCUGUUCACGACUUCUGUUCUCAGCUGGAAGCCUCUCCUUCCCAAAGGGACACGAUUGAGAAGUAUGCUCAAGCAAUAAAUGAGAUGAUCAUGGAUAUAGGUGGGAAAAUAGCUGAGAGUAUGGGAUUGAAUGGAGAUUACUGCAAGGAUUGGCCUUGUCAAUUUAGGAUAAAUAAGUACAAUUUCACCCCGGAAUUUAUAGGCACAACCGGGGUCCAAAUACACACCGAUUCUGGGUUUCUAACUAUACUUCAAGACGAUGAGAAUGUUGGUGGCCUUGAAGUGGACAAAUCUGGUGAAUUUGUACCUGUUGAUCCCUUGCCUGGCAGCCUCCUUGUCAAUCUUGGAGACAUGGCACAUGUAUGGAGCAAUGGGAGGUUACACACCUUGAGACAUAGAGUGCAAUGCAAGGAGGCAAAGAUUAGAGUGUCGAUCGCCACGUUCCUCUUGGGACCGAAAGAUGCAACGGUGGAGCCGCCGCCGGAGCUGGUGGAUUCCGACCAUCCACGCCUUUACAAAUCGUUUACUUACGAGGAGUACAGAGAGCUCCGGAUAUCCACGAAAUUGCAAGCCGGUGAGGCUCUUGCACUUGUACGUACCAGCGCUUAACAAAGGUGUUAUGGACCAUAUUGCAAUCUAAUGAAAGCCCUUAUGCCAUGUUGGUUGAUGAAUAAAGCAUGAAUUCCCCUGGAAAUGAAAGAAUUUAAGAUUGGAACC